UUUGAAAUCGACAGGUGGCACGAACUUCUUGACUAUCUUUUACACGCCCUUGACACGAACUUCGAAACGAGGCAAGAAAUGGCACUCAGAGUGCUAUCGACUUUGCCCGAGUCGAGGGAAGAGUGUCUCGGGGCAUACAAAUUUUGGUGGGCCAACCAUAAGUCGCUUAACGUUAGAUUCGGCGAGCUAUUUGAUUCCCCCAAUCUCAACAUCCAGGCUCUGACAUUCGAUUCCUCUAUUAAAUUGGUACGCCUGCUGCACCGGUGGAGGUUUUACAGCGAAAUCGACGUCCUAUUACCAAAGAUGGUUUCCUUCCUGCGAGCAAUUCACGUCGACGGUCAAACCCGUAUUGUGGAACCAAGAAUAAUGGAUUUGGUGGAAUUGGCCAGUUAUUACACGGACCCUUUUUUGACGCAACUUGAUGUUGUCUUGGACUGCAUGUUCCGAAUUGCGGUGACUGCAGAUGACAACACUUUUCUCACGUUGCAGGCGAUUAAAAUUAUUAAGAUGGUCGAUGACCAGGCUGUGGACCAGGUUUCAGAGUUUCUUGUUAAACUUUCUGAGGAGGCUAAACGCAGUAUUUUCAAGAAUUGCGUGCGCUUGCUGGUUUGUAUUGCAGACGUUCCUGCUUGGUAUGAUGUGGACAUGACUUCGAGUGAAUAUAUGGGGAUCUCAGAGAAGUACAGCCUAGGAAAGUUCUUACUUUUCCGGCUCUGCUGGGAUUCACACGAAGACAUGCUACUUUCCUUUGGAAUUGAGUUGAUACCACAGUAUUUGAAUUCUGAAGAUUGGCAGACACGUCAUGCAGGAUUGGUUGCCUUUGCUGAAACUGGAAGCGCAUGUAGCCCCGCGAUGAUACGUGACCAUGCUGAGAGAGUGCUAGAGAUUUCGCUGACUGAUCCCCACCCCCGCGUUCUGUGGGCUGCCAUUGAAGUAAUUAGAUGUUUAACUACAGACUCUGAUCAAGAGCAUGUCCGAUAUCUAAAUAACUUCGUCCCUAGACUAGUCACCAUAAUUAGAUCAGCUUCCAUUUAUCCACGUAUUCAGUUGCAUGCUGCUACAGUAGUUCGUCGCUUGAUUAACAAUUGCGGCGAUGAAGAAGUGAAGUCAUUCGCGGAAUGUUUGGAGCCUGAAUUGCUAAAAUUUGUUAAGCAAGGCGGGGUGUUCCGUGAAGAAGCUAUUGAAACACUGAAAUUAUUGGCAGCAUCAUUUCCGGUCAUUUUUCGAAGGCACUAUCAGGAAACAAUGGAUUCGCUGAGAGACCUUGUGUCUCAAUCCUUGUUUGGGGCACAAUCUAUGGAAUACUUGAGUUAUAUUCUCUCCGGAAUUCUCUCGGACGAGUCUCUUUUUGUUUUAAAUGAUUCUCAAGAGGUUUUCCUCAUUUUGACUCGAAUUGCAAAUAAUUGGAAUGGUACCGACAGCAGAGCAAAAAUUGACGUCUUAAAGGCAUUGUCUCAAUUGUGCAAACUAAAGCAGCUGGAAGCUGACAAAUUUCUUAACAUGAUCAUGCCAAUGUUGAUUCAGACCCUUGAAAAUACUAAUCCCUAUACCAUGGCGCUGACCACCGAUCAGCAAAGUACGACUUGCCCUGAGCUAAGACUUUUGGCUUGUGAUUUACUGUCAAAGCUUGCUGUUCGAUUCGAGGACGAAUUUGAACCUUGGGCGUCCAGCGUCGCUCGUCUUUUGACCCGCCUGUUCAGCAGUACUGACCCUGAUGCUAAAAUCGUAUCUGUUGAAGUCCUUCCAAACAUAUUGCUUCCUUGCCAUAAUUGGAAAGAAGGUCGUCAUAGAUUUUUGUUUAACUUCAGUGUACGAGCUCUGGUCGAAGCUUUACAAGAGGAAAUCGACAAAGUGAAUCGUACAGUAAUGUUAAAAAGCCUCAAUGCAUGCAUUGUGAUCUGUGGAACAGUUUUAGAUGUAGACCUAAUAAGGACGAUUGCGGAUCAGAUAUACCAUGUACUCUCUCAGAAGUCACUUGCCAAUAUUGAAACAGAAGAGGGAGAAGAAACAUCGUCUGUUGCAAUCGCAUGUGAUAAACGGGAACUGGAAGACGAGAUAAUUCAAGGUUCAAACUGCUUAGUGACAAUGAUAUCUACAUUGGAAUAUGCGUUCUUAACUCAUGUUGACAGGCUUCUGCCAGCUGUUGAAGCGCUAUGGCAGAGUCGUGAUAAUUACUACUCAGAUAGAGUGAAAGCAGUGGCAAUCUCGAUUUUUAACUUGAUUUUGAAGGACUACCCAGAUAAAUUGCAGAGGUAUCGGGAUACAUAUGCUCUGGUCGUCAUGGACGCUUGUUACUCAGAAAGUCCUCAGCUUCGCCGGGAAGCUGCACGUGGGAUUGGUUUGUGUGCUACUCGUUGUGAAGUUAUAUCCAACUUCGAUGCCCCCGUGGCUGUCGACAGCCUAUGUUAUGUAAUAGAGUGCGGAACUGAAUCGGAGAGUGUAAUGACACAUGAUGCCGCUGUUUCAGCUUUGGGAAAAAUAUGUGAGUUCUGGCGUGACACUAUCGACGGGUCUCAUGUGGUUCAAGUCUGGCUAAACUUCUUGCCGUUGAGGAACGACUUCAAAGAAGCCCGGUAUGCACACCAACUACUCUGUCAAAUGUUAGAAAGGGCUGAUCAGGAUCUCUUGGGGCUUAACAACGAGAACCUUGGUCAGGCUACUCAAAUUCUAGAAGAAAUUUUAUCACAAAGUGACGAUCUUGCAACUGAGGAAACGACAUGCCGGAUCAUUUCUUUGCUGAGCCAAUUUGGGGCUUUGUCAUGAUCGUUUAUUGAACUGCAAACCAAACACUAUUUUCAGCUGCUAUUCGCGACUGUCUAUGAGAGAGGGAUUAAGAGAAGAGUGAUCUUCUCAACGUGCAUAGAUUAACAUUAUGUUAUUGUAAAAAUGAAUAAGACACUAGUUGGGUAGUUGUCAUUGAUUU